GUUGUCGCGGUAUUAUCAAUCCCGACAGGCGGGUGUCGCGCUUCCGUCGCCGCCACACAGAUCGCAGCAUCGCGGCAGCGGUGGCUUCUCGCGCGGGGUCGUCGCGCGCGAGAACGUGUUAGUGCGCGCAGCGGACCGAUAUCGUCAAGAUGGAAGGCGCUCGGGACUGACCCCUCUCUCUCUCGCAGUAUGGAUUUUGCCGCGUGAUUCGUGGUCGUCGUCGGCGCCGCAGAUUCCCCCGUGUCCCUUCGCGUGUGAAGAGAGAGAGAGAGAGAGCGAGAGAGAGAAAAAGAGAAGAAGAGGAGGUGGUCUCUGUGCGGCGCUGCGUAAAAGCUCGGCCCCGAUCGUCGCGUCCAAAUGGUGUCGCGCCGCGGGAUCUCGGCUGCACGGGGCGAUCGGACGCGGUAAUGAGAAAGGUAUCACGGUGCGGCGCGGUUACGAAGCGAGUCAUCUACAAUGGUGGAUAACAGUUGCAUUAUCGAGGGAAACGUCAAAUUUCGCGAUGGCAAGAAGUGGAAGUCAAGAUGGUGCGUUAUGCGAAAAUUGUCACCAGUAGCAGACUGCUUGCAUCUACAACUUUACGGGGAUAGUAAGGAUCGUUACAAGCAGGGCCAAACGAAAGCGUCUCUGAGCUUGCAGCAUUUUCUAGGGGUGGAGAGCGGUUUCACUCUCGACAAAGAAUCUAAUACGAUCGCGAUAAUUUGCCAAGACGUGACGGUCGUUCUCGCAUUCGACACGCGGGAGCGAUUGAUACAGUGGCAAGUUAAGAUCUCGAACAACUUGGGCGAAGAUCAGCAAUUCUUGAUACUCAUCUCGUCGGUGCCGUCGAAGGCGAAGUUCACCAAUGGGCCGGCGCACCUGCACAUUCAGGACCGGCGUUUCUGCAUCACCGUCGGCAUACCGCCGCGGCUGGUCGGUAUCUGGGAGAUCGCGCAUCUGCGGCGCUACGGCGUCGUCGAGGGCAGAUUCUGCUUCGAGGGUGGCUCCAGGUGUGGCCGGGGGGAGGGCCUGCACGUUCUGAUAACGGAUCAGGGGGAGGACAUCGUGAAGACGCUUCAGUUGGCGGCCGAGGGCAGGCUGACGACGAAGAAGCGGCCGCUCGGCCGGGAACAGUCCAUGACGCAGGACAGCCCACGGCGCCAGUGUUCCCGCUCGGAGACCAGAGCCAGCGACUUCUUCCCUUCGGCCGCCGUCUACUCGUCGACGUACGAGGAGCACUGCGACAGCUGCAAGAACGAGAGCUCGCCGUACUGGUCGUCCGCGGAGAGCAGGCAGCAGGCCGAGCUCGACGGCGAUUACAGGGACACCGUGUCCGUCUCCAGCGAAUUGCCCGAUCAACCCGGCGCUGACCAAUGGCGCAGCUGUUCGCUCACCCGCCAAGGAGCGACCGGCCUCGAGAGGUGCGCCAGCUGCAUCAGCAAGCUCGGCACGGUCUCCAAGUCGUCGACCGUCAUCACCACCGCCACCGUGAGCGGCAUCAGCAGCCCGGCUGGCACGCUGAACAAUCUCGGAUGCCACCUGCUGCCGCAGCGUACCGGCUUCGACCGGCUCUCGCUCUCCUCCUACAGCAGCAGCAGCCACGACAGCAGCGACUACUCCGGCUCGCAGCAGAUCGAGUGCCACUGCAACACGCAGCCCAAAACCGCCCAGUCUCAGCGGAUGUCACCGAGCGCCCUGCCGCCGAGACCGCCGAAACCGUCCCAACAACCGUCGCCAUUGCCAGCCGCCCAGUCCGUCACUGCCAAGAAGCCUAAGAAACCGCCGAUGCCGCUGCCCACCAUCGAACAGCAGACCUACCCGGGUCGGAAGCCUCAGCAGCAGCAGGCUGCGCCUCGCGGGGGUGCCGCUGCGGGGCCGUACGAGAACUACGACGUGCCGAAGACGAUUCUGGGGCACCACAUGCUGCUGGAGCAGGGCCCCCAGCCGGAACAGUAUUACGACACACCGAGGAAGAUAAAGGAGUGUCUCACACUGCCAAAAAGCUAUCCCAAUUACGACACGCCUCAGGUACCGCAGGCGGUGAUGCUGCAGGGCUGCGGGUGUCCCACGAAGCUGCCGGUGCAGUCGCCCAGGUCCUCGGGCUGUCCUUGCCACAACGUUAUGAGCUGGGCCGGUUUCGUCCUGCCUUACUGCCGGCGUGGCGCCGGAAUCGAGGCCACCGGGGUCACCGUUCACCCGGUCAAGCUCUCGGGUGAGGGCAAGAUGCCGGUGGUGAACGCGAGCGGCGAGAUCGCCAUCUACGCGACCGCGAGAAGGACGGUGAACAAGAGCAAGUCGGCCGACUCGAGCGAGAAGAGCGCCGGCGACGAGUGCGGCUGCGCCACGGCGGGCAAGUCGAACAACUACGAGAACGUCGAGCCGGUGAUAGACACGCAGCCGGAGGCGAAGCGAGCGAAUUACGCGAACAUCGACUUCACGCAGUCGCUGGAGCACUACGAGAACAGCAAGGACGUGCUGACGAAGAGCAGCAUCUCGCAGGAGGAGAUCGAGAAGUUCGCGGAUCAGUUGAAGGAGCCUGCGACGGCGGCCGAGCCGCCGGCCGAGGACGCCUCGAAGGUGUGCCAGAAGUGCGGCCACACGAAGGAGAGGGAGAACGAUUACCUGGUAAUGGAGCCGGACAAGCAGACGACCCCGAAGAAGCCGUUUCCCGGCUACCUGCCGAUGCAGCCGGCUCACAACGCCUGCUCGAAGGAGAUCCUCUCUAGGAUCUGCAGCGGCAUCAAGAGCUCCAGCAAUCCGACGUUGUCGGGCUCCGCGCUCCUCGAGGGCGGUAAGAAGCGCUCGGACUCCGAGUACCGUGUGCCAGGCUCGGCGAUGCUGUCCAGUCCGUACCUCAGGCGCCGUUACCUGGACGUCACCGGCAGCGCCGCCGAGUCCGCCGGCAGCAUAGGCAUACUGCUGAGGAAACGCUCGUACUCGGCAGAGUCGGCGCAUUACCUCGACGACGAGAGUCACAGCUUCCCGUCCACGCUCACCAUUCACAAGUGCUCGAGCGAAGCGGACAAGAACAGCCUGAUCACCGGCGAGCCGCACGGCGUGAACGUCGACAGCGGCAAGAUCGAGAGCUCCUCGCAGGCGCUGACAAGCGCCGUGUCUCAGCCGUCGUCGUUCAUCAAGAUCCGUCGCUCCUCCUCCGUGCCGUCCAAGACCGGGCACAACCGGGACUCGUCGAGCAGCAACGACUCCGGCGUUUCGACCGGCUCGCUCAGCCACCGCACCGCUGAGUUCGUGGAGUUCGAGCUGUCUUUGGCGCCCACCGCCGCCGCCACGGCGAUCAAGCAGAACAUGCUGUCGGCCACCUGCCGAGGCAAAAGUCCGCCGCCCACGUGCUACCACAGCAGCCUGCCGAGGAAGUCCAAGUCCAGUGACCCGCUGCGGGAGCUCAGCUUUCAGUUCCAGAAGAUCAAGAUCCCGACCAAGUCCUCGUCCGCGGAGGCCGACAUACCCACGUGCCUGCCGAAGGCCGCCAAGGGCUUCAAUAGCCCCGGCGAGGUCUCGAACACGCCCUACAUCGACUCCCGGAGCACCAGCAGUGGCACCUCCGACAUGUCGGACUACAUCGAGACCCUGUCGCUGUCGUCCCACUCGUCGUCCGACACGCCCGACAGCCUCAGAUUGGGAGGCAGAGCGGUGACGACGACCCUUCGCCCUCGCAGCGGGAAGGAAUACUAUAAGAUCGAUCGUAGCAUCUUGGUGGAGCAGGGACGGAUUCUCACUACGGCAUCCGCUAAUUAUGCAAACAUCACCCCGGUGUUGGAGAAGAGCGAGUCACCGUCACCUGGUUACAUGAGCAGCUCACCCUUCGAGCAGCCGCAACCUACCCGUGAGCACUUUCUAUUCCCUGAAGAAGCUUGAAUGUAACGAUAUUGUUUGGGAAAAGAGCUGAAAACUUGAAGUUCCUAGGAUUUCCAAACAAAACGAGUAAGAGUAUUCACGGUUAGAAAUUAUAAUUGGGGCAUUGUGACUAUUUACACUAUACGCGGAUAUCUGGGGUUACAGGUCGAUAUUUUUCGACAGGCGUCUGUCGUUCGACGCACACCGAUAUCGUAGUUUCUAGCAUGCCAAAUCAAUCACCGAGAACUGAGUAAUCAAAAAAUUCAUUAUUCUAAGAAACCACGAGGGAGCGCGCUCCUCAAUCAAAUUCGGAUGUCUGUUUCGCCGGUGUUUUCGUAAACGUCUUCCUUCUAGAGAGCACAAUCAUAAUCAAAAGAAGUGUAUAAAAGGGGAACGUCAUUUUACGAGAAAGAAAAAAAAAUCUAGGUACUAGCGUAUAGUCGAAAUAACGUCAGUAAUCAAACACUUCCUACAACGACACAAACAAUUUCUAAAAUAUGCUCAAUAAGAAACUAAUAGAUUUGUAUAGUAAGAAUCCUGCCCUAGGGUAAAAAAAGAUAUGUGCAUCGUAUACUUUAUAUGGGUAUAUCGUUUUUUAAAUACUUUCUUUAUUUUGUAUAAGUAUACUUCUAUAUAGACUAUUGUACAGUCAUCUUUGAAGGAGAUUUAAAGAAAUCACUAACUCUUAGAGCCCUUCGAAAUCGGGUUUCUUGAAACUUCGUGCGAACGAACGAGCGUGAACAUCACCGGUUUUAUUACCGUUUCCGGGACAUCGGAUCUCGCAUCUCCUCGCGGACUCCGGGAGCUGAGAACACACUGAGAACCGGAAAAUGCAUUAGGCGAGAAUAGAACACAAGGCGACUGCACAUUUGCAGAGCAUCGAAAGCACCAUCGAUUGUACAUAGCGCGCGAUAUAGCGCUUGAGCGGCGAAGUUUCAAGAACUCGUGUUUGGAACGAGCACUUGAAGAUCGUUUGUUUGUACCGAUUAAUAAGGUAUUAUCUAUCCACAUUCUGUACAACCAAAAAGUGCACUGAACAUAGUCAGUCGCAUAGCAUUCACAGGGUUUUUCAUAUACUUACGAGUUACUUUUUAAAGAUUAAGGUAAAAAAAAUAUUACAGCCUUCAAUGGUCUUCUUUCGAGUGAGACACACAUGGUGAACGCCAUAGUCUCUGUGGGCAAUCAAAGGCGGCGAUAUACGUAGAUUGUAAACGAGUAUUUCUAAAUAAGGAUUACGAAACACACGUGUGAAAGGUCUAGUUACUUCGCGACUUCGAUAUUCGCCAACGAAACGUUUCCGUCUCUUAUUACUAUUUUUUCUUUUAUGGCAUGUCUCUUGUAUCUCGUUUAUUUUUUCACUGUGAUACUCUUGAUAUCACGAGGUGAAGCAAUUUAACGUAAACGUAUAAUCUAACUAGAUCCUCUUUCCUGUUAAUAUAUUUAUACAAUCGCAUUUCCAUUCUAUCGUUGCGUUGUACUUAAUAUAGUUCUCAGAUCAACUAUUUAAUUGUGAUUAUUAAUUAACAUAUAUAUGUACUGUAUACAGAUUUCUACAAAGUCUACCAAAAAUAUUUAUUUCUACUCGUAUGGUGCGUUUUUUUCUCUUUUUAAUUAUUUAAUGCGGUUAGGUACAAAUAUGUAUAGUUGAUCUAUCAAAUCGAAUAAUAUAUUUACAACGAUUAUUUUUUUAAGUUUAAACUAUGUUAUAUACUAUUUUUA